AUGGGCGUCGAAAACCCCCCCCUUCCCACUGACGCAGAAGCCAACCAUGGCGUCACCGCCACCGCCACCGCAAGUCCACCAGCGCCUGAGAAAUACUCCGUCUUCACCGUCAACCAGCGACGGGCGAUGAUCACCGUGGGCUCGCUGGCGAGCUUCUUCUCGCCGUUGUCUGCGUCGAUUUAUUUCCCGGCUCUGGAUACGAUUGCCGAUGCAUUGCAUGUCUCUACCACCAAGAUCAACCUGACAGUGACGACCUAUAUGAUCCUCCAAGGCAUUGCACCCAUGAUGAUCGCUGGAUUCAGCGACAAGGCUGGUCGGCGCCCCGCGUACACCAUCUGCUUCAGCAUCUAUCUGGUUGCGAACCUGGCGCUGGGUCUACAGAACAGCUACGCGGCGCUGCUGGUGCUGCGAUGCCUGCAGAGCGCCGGAAGCAGCGGCACGGUCGCCCUGGCGAACGGCCUGGUCGGCGACAUGGUCACCUCCGCCGAGCGAGGCACGUACAUUGCCUUUGCCUCCGUGGGGAGCAUGCUGGGCCCGUCGCUGUCGCCCGUCAUCGGCGGCCUGAUCAGCCAGUAUCUAAACUGGCAUUGGAUCUUCUGGUUCCUGCUCAUCCUGGCGGGCAGCUUCUUCACGGCCUUGCUCCUCUUCCUGCCCGAGACGUGCCGUAAAGUCGUCGGCGACGGCUCGGUGCCCCCGCCCCCGCUGAACAAUAACCUGAGCGAUAUGAUCCGCCAUCGUCGUCGGCAAAGGGAAGGUAUCCCCCUCGACGAGGCCCAACAGCAGCGCCUACGAGCCAACUACAAACUAGAAUUCCCCAACCCGCUGCCCACCCUGCUGAUCGUGCUCGAUCUCGAAACCAGCCUCGUCCUGCUCACCACGGGCCUCACCUUUGCGGGCUUCUACGCCGUCAUGACGGGCGCCACCACCUCCUUCCACGACGUCUACGGCAUGAACAACAUCCAGACGGGCCUCAUGUACGUGCCCAUCGGCGCCGGCGGGAUUCUUUCGGCCUUCACCACCGGCCGUCUCGUCGACUGGAACUUCCGCCGCCACGCCGCCCGCGCAAACCUCCCCAUCAUCAAGAACGUGCGCCAGGAUAUCUCCAACUUCAACAUCGAACGCGCCCGCCUCGAGGUUGUCCUGCCCGUCUUCCUGCUCGGCAACCUCACCGUCAUCGGCUACGGCUGGAUCCUCGGCCAUAAAGUCAACCUCGCGGGGCCCGUCAUCCUCCUCUUCAUCGCCGGGUACGCCCUUAACGCUACCUCCCAGACCCUUAAUGCCCUCAUGGUCGACCUGUGGCCCGGUCGUUCUGCCGCCGCCACCGCAGCUAACAAUCUCUUCCGCUGUGAACUCGGGGCCGCCGCCUCCGCCGCCAUCGAACCCAUGUCGCAGGCGAUGGGCACCGGGUGGGCGUACACCACGCUAGGUCUGAUUGCCAUCUCUUCCAUGCCUUCCCUGCUGCUCAUGAUGCGGAAUGGAAUCGAAUGGCGCAAGAAGAAAAAGCAGAGAGAGGAGGCAAGGGAACGGAAGAGGCAGGAAAAGAAGGAAAAGCAGCAGCCAGCCCGCAGCGUUUAG